GCCACCCUGUGCGUGCAGCAGGCACUCAACGUGCUGUGUGUGGUGGCUGCUCGGGUUGAAAUUCCUAGCCUGCACCCGGAGACAGCCCGAGGAUGUCUCAGUGGUACGAACUUCAGCAGCUGGACUCCAAGUUCCUGGAGCAGGUCCACCAGCUGUAUGACGACAGCUUUCCCAUGGAGAUCCGACAGUACCUGGCCCAGUGGCUGGAAAAGCAAGACUGGGAGCACGCGGCCAAUGAUGACUCCUUUGCCACCAUCCGUUUCCAUGACCUCCUCUCUCAGCUGGACGAUCAGUACAGCCGCUUUUCUUUGGAGAACAACUUUUUGUUGCAGCAUAACAUCAGGAAAAGCAAGCGCAAUCUUCAGGAUAACUUCCAGGAAGAUCCCGUACAGAUGUCCAUGAUCAUCUAUAACUGUCUGAAGGAAGAGAGAAAGAUUUUGGAAAAUGCUCAAAGAUUUAAUCAGGCCCAGGAGGGGAAUAUUCAGAACGCUGUCAUGUUGGAUAAACAGAAGGAGCUGGGCGGUAAAGUCAGAAGUGUGAAGGACCAAGUCAUGAGCAUAGAGCAUGAAAUCAAGACCCUAGAAGAUUUACAAGAUGAAUAUGACUUUAAGUGUAAAACCUCGCAGAACAGAGAAAGCGAAGCCAACGGCGUGGCGAAGAACGACCAGAAACAGGAGCAGCUGCUGCUCCACAAGAUGUUUCUAAUGCUGGACAACAAGAGGAAGGAGAUAAUUCACAAGAUCAGAGAGCUGCUGAACGCCAUCGAGCUCACUCAGAACAUCCUGAUUAACGAUGAGCUCGUGGAGUGGAAACGGAGGCAGCAGAGCGCCUGUAUCGGGGGGCCGCCCAACGCCUGCCUCGAUCAGCUGCAGAGCUGGUUCACCAUUGUCGCAGAGAGUCUGCAGCAGGUUCGCCAGCAGCUUAAAAAGCUGGAGGAGUUGGAGCAGAAGUUCAACUACGAGCAGGACCCCAUUACGAAAAACAAGCAGGUGUUAUCAGACCGCACCUUCGUCCUCUUCCAGCAGCUCAUUCAGAGCUCAUUCGUGGUGGAACGACAGCCAUGUAUGCCGACUCAUCCCCAGAGGCCGCUGGUUUUGAAGACUGGGGUGCAGUUCACUGUGAAGUUGAGACUGUUGGUGAAAUUGCAAGAGCUGAAUUAUAAUUUGAAAGUGAAAGUCUCAUUUGAUAAAGACGUGAACGAGAAGAACACAGUGAAAGGAUUCCGGAAGUUCAACAUUUUGGGCACGCACACGAAAGUGAUGAACAUGGAAGAGUCCACCAACGGAAGUUUGGCAGCGGAGUUCCGACACCUGCAACUGAAAGAACAGAAAAAUGCUGGCAACAGAACCAAUGAGGGACCUCUCAUUGUCACUGAAGAACUUCACUCUCUUAGCUUUGAAACCCAGCUGUGCCAGCCAGGCUUGGUGAUUGACCUCGAGACCACCUCUCUGCCUGUCGUGGUGAUCUCCAAUGUCAGCCAGCUCCCCAGUGGUUGGGCCUCCAUCCUGUGGUACAACAUGCUGGUGACAGAACCCAGGAAUCUCUCCUUCUUCCUGAACCCGCCGUGUGCACGCUGGUCCCAGCUCUCAGAGGUGCUGAGCUGGCAGUUUUCGUCAGUCACCAAACGAGGUCUCAACGCAGACCAGCUGAGCAUGCUGGGAGAGAAACUUCUGGGUCCUAACCCUGGCCCUGACGGUCUUAUUCCGUGGACAAGGUUCUGUAAGGAAAAUAUCAACGAUAAAAACUUUUCCUUCUGGCCUUGGAUCGACACCAUCCUAGAGCUCAUUAAGAAGCACCUGCUGUGCCUGUGGAAUGACGGGUGCAUCAUGGGCUUUAUCAGCAAGGAGCGAGAACGGGCCCUACUCAAGGACCAGCAGCCAGGGACGUUCCUGCUUAGGUUCAGUGAGAGCUCCCGGGAAGGGGCCAUCACGUUCACGUGGGUGGAGCGGUCCCAGAAUGGAGGCGAACCCGACUUCCACGCGGUUGAACCCUACACGAAGAAAGAACUUUCAGCUGUAACUUUCCCAGAUAUUAUUCGCAAUUACAAAGUGAUGGCUGCUGAGAAUAUUCCAGAGAAUCCCCUGAAGUACCUGUACCCCAAUAUUGACAAAGACCAUGCCUUCGGGAAGUAUUACUCCAGGCCAAAGGAAGCCCCAGAACCGAUGGAGCUCGAUGACCCCAAGCGAACUGGAUACAUCAAGACUGAGUUGAUUUCUGUGUCUGAAGUCCACCCUUCUAGACUUCAGACCACAGACAACCUGCUUCCCAUGUCUCCAGAAGAGUUUGACGAGAUGUCCCGGAUAGUGGGCCCUGAUUUUGACAGUAUGAUGAGCGCAGUAUAAACACGAAUUUCUCUCUUUGGAGACGUUUUUCCUUCCCACCUGUGAUCACCUCCUGCUACUGUUCCUUCACAUGCUGUAUUUCUAGGGAAAUGCAAGGAAGAACAACGCGUCUGUUGCACCCUGUGGAUAGCAAGUGGAUAUUUCUCUAAUUAGAAAGCUGUUACUCUGAAGGACUUCAUGCAUCUUACUGAAGGUGAAACGGAAAGUCACUUACGAAAAGUAGAUUUUGUGAACAAAAGACCAGAGAUCCACCCAAGGCAUCAGGACUAGAAUGCGAGUGCUUUGGGAAAGGUGAGGAAUAUAAAUCACAUCUAGUAAAGGCCGCAUAGUCAGUGCCCAACUGCUACACAUCACUGGACAGAUACACGGUUAUGGGGAACCUUCUUGAUACAGGAUAUUUCUGUCCUGAAGAUACUGGCAUGUCCACUCUGCUUUGUGGCUGGAAGUUUUAACCUAUGGCACAGUUCAAAGCCAACUUUACACGCAGUGAUAUAUCAAACUAUAGUGGACACCCUUCAUCUGAGUGGGAGGAAACAGUUGGGUUCUUAUGUCUUCUGUGUUGAGCAUGUAAAACUAAAGACACGAUUCUCUUCAGGGAAUUAGCUCUGUUGUUGGUUAUGGCUAAAUGAAACUUAACACCCACAGUAGAAAGAACAUUUUCCAAAUUCACAAGUAGCUUCUGUUUAAUAUAUACUCCACCAAGCUAAGUGGUUUCUGCUGUCAUUGUGGUCAUCGGUUGAAUAAAACUGUCUUUGCACAUCCAUUAAGGGAGCCAGCUUUCUUAAGGCAAAUAAUUUUUUAAGUUGAAAUUACAGAUAUAGAUAAACCUAUCAGUUUAAUUCAUAUUCUUAAAUGGGCUGUCUUUAUUGUUUUUAGCUGGUUGUCUUAAUUAGCCAUAAAAUUGGAAAAAGUAGUAACUGACUUGAAUCAUUAGCCAAAUAUGAGUAUCCAAUAAUUUCAAAACACAUCCCAUAGAAAGGCACUGAAAACUAUUUUUCACCGAUAAAUGUGUUUUUCUGACAUUACAUUCACAAAUGGUUCCAUGGUCUGUCUGUCCUGUGUUUUGUCAGACGCCUUUCUGAGGGACCAUGUUUUAUGGCAUGUGCUGGUUUUUCACUUUCUUCAGUGGUACCAGCCCAGUCCAGUGGCUCAGGUGUUGCGUUGGCUGGCGGGGUUCUCCUGGGCAGCCGGUCACAGCCCGCUGUCUCCCUUCAUAGUCUCUGUAGAUAUAGCUGUCCUCCACCGUCAACCAUGGCUAUGUCGUCCCGUAAUCUUUUGCUUCACUUGGCUGGAGAUAAGUCCACUUCAGACCCCAGUGCAAGUGUGUGCUGCACAAAGCAUAUGCACAGCCCGUUCCCAGGACGGAAACAGAGGCCUCCCUCUUGCUGUGUACCGAGUGGGAUUAGCCGGGCUCUCACAGACUCUUGAAAUGAUCAAGAAACAAAGCAUCUAAAAAAUACUGUUUCUAAAUGCUGAGGUCUAACUAUUGCUUACAUCAUUGUCUAUUGAGUUGUUAAUGGUUUCAUUCUGUUGAACGAGACUUUAAGAAAUGUUAAAAUGAUGCUAGUCUCCUAUUAGUAUUUAAUAUAAAAAUACUUAAAAUGUC